AUGUCUGAUUCCAACACAACCAAUUCCAUCAACCCCUCCAUCUUCAUCUUGCUGGGUUUUCCAGGCCUGGAGAUGGCCCAUGUCUGGAUCUCCAUCCCCUUCUGCAUCAUGUACAUCCUAGCUGUCUUGGAGAACUUCACCAUCCUGUUCAUUGUGAGGAUGGAAUCGAAGCUCCAUGAGCCCAUGUACUAUUUCCUCUGCAUGCUGGCUGUCACCGACCUGGUCCUCUCUACAACCAUCUUGCCCAAAAUGCUGACGACAGAGUCUGGGAUCUUCGUGGCCAUGGCUGUGGAUCGCUUCGUGGCCAUUUGCCAUCCCCUGAGACAUUCCACCAUCCUGACAAAACCCGUGGUGAGUAAGGUCUGCCUGGCCGUGGUGCUGCGCGGUGGCUUGAUCACGCUGCCCAUGUUCCUCCUUGCAAGACAGUGGUCAUAUUGCAGAACCAACAUCAUCCCCCAGCCUUACUGUGCGCAUAUGGCCGUGGUGGGGCUGGCCUGUGGUGACAUCCGCCCCAGUAUUUACUACGGCCUCUUUGUGCUACUCUGUAUGAGAGGCCUGGAUGUGAUUUUUAUUGUUAUAUCCUACAUCCAGAUCCUCAGGGCCAUCGUCAGCCUUCCCACCAAGGAUGCCCGGCUCAAGACUUUUGGGACCUGCAUCUCCCACCUCUGUUCCAUUUUAAUGUUUUACAUCCCAAGCCUCUUCUUCGCCCUCGUAUCUCGCUUUGACCCGAAGAGGCCUCACCCUCUCCAUGAUCUCAUUAAUCAAAUGUAUUACAUGAUGCCCCCCGUGCUCAACCCCAUCAUCUACGGGGUGAGGACCAAACAGAUCCGGGACAAGUUGCUGCAGCUGUUUAAUCAUAAAAGCUCCUGA